GGAAUUUCAAAUAGGGGAGCAACAAACCAGGGUUAUACGAUUGCACUGAGAGCCAAUAUUGUAGCCGGUCCUUUACUCUGUUGCUAUAAUUUGUUGCUGAAUGCAACAAUACUACACCGACUACACCGAACAACCUCCAUCACUGCCGUUGGCAAGCACCGCAUUUCCAGCUCGAACCGUUUCCACAAACUAUACAUUCCAGAAAAACAAAUUGCGCACUCUACCAACACUUGGUUUCCAUGGCUUCCGUCGACCUGGAUUAUACAUAGCGAUAUAAUAUCACCCUCCGUUUUGCUUCAGAAGGGCGACUGACGAUGACCUCUCUCGCGAUUGAACAGCGCGCUUCAACUUCGGAAAGACCAUUGGCCUUUCAGCCUUCCGAUAAUAUAAUUAUACCUGUUGGCACCUCUGAGACGCUCUCUUCUUUCCCUCAAUUAGAUGUUAAGCAGACUUCAUUCCCAUCCGACACAGACGUAGAGUCUUUCAAGAAUGAUGGACAGGCGGACCUCUGGCAAACUCGCAAAGACAAUUUUAUGCGCUGGAACGAAGAGGGACAUCGAGCAGUCGGCGGGCAUGGCAGACAGAAAAGUCUGAGCGAUGCCCUUAAAACAAUUCGCACGCGGCGGGGCAGCGUGAGCGCCAACGCACACGAAAUUGCGGAUGCGCUCAAGGCCCCUGUGUCGCCUCGAUUGAUUUUCCUCUGCCUCGUUUGGUACCUUAGUUCUGCGCUUACGAACACUUCUUCGAAAUCGAUUCUGAACGCAUUCGCGCAGCCGAUUACCCUGACGCUUGUGCAAUUCGGAUUUGUCUCGUCAUGGUGUGUUUUCCUAGCUUAUGUCGCGCAUCUAAACCCGAGCUUGAGGAACGUAAUUCCAGCGCUGCGCCAUGGGCUCCGUUAUCCCAGCAAGGAUGUCAUCCUGACAACGCUACCUCUUGCAGCCUUUCAGGUCGGGGGCCAUAUUCUAAGCGCGAAUGCGACAUCGAAAAUUCCCGUAUCAUUGGUGCACACUAUAAAGGGGCUUUCUCCUCUCUUCACAGUCUUGGCUUACAGGGUUCUCUUCAAGGUGCACUACGCUACGUCCACGUAUCUUUCGCUCUUUCCCCUCACGCUUGGAGUAAUGUUAGCAUGUUCUGCCGAAUUCUCUGGAAACUUCGGAGGAGUUCUAUGUGCAUUUGGCGGUGCGAUCAUAUUCGUGACCCAAAAUAUUUUCUCCAAAAAGCUUUUCAAUGAGGCGGCCAGGGCCGAGGCCGAUGGCCAAAGACAAAAGAGCAGAAAAUUGGAUAAGCUCAACCUGUUGUGUUACUCUUCCGGCCUUGCUUUCGUCCUAACAUUCCCAUUAUGGCUAUGGACCGAGGGCUUUUCCUUGCUGGUGGACUUCUUUCAUGAUGGUGCUUUAGCAUUAUCCAAGAAUAGUGAUGCUCUGGGUCCAUCCAGGCUCGCCGCCGAGUUUUUCUUCAACGGAACGUUUCAUUUUGGACAGAACAUCAUAGCAUUCGUUCUUUUGUCCGCUGUGUCCCCUGUGACUUAUUCCGUCGCAAGUCUCGUGAAGCGAAUAUUCGUCAUUGUUGUCGCAAUAGUCUGGUUCGGCAACAAGACGACUAUUAUACAAGCUGUUGGAAUAUCUCUCACAUUCAUCGGGCUAUACCUUUAUGACCGCUCCAGUGAUGCGACAAAGGGCCGUCGCCGGGCGCAAUCAACUCAGCGAAGAGUAGAGGGUCCUCUUUUGCCGCUCACCAAAGACCGCAAAGGCAGAGAUGGUGAGCCAACAAUGGAAUCAGGGCAAGCUACUUCCUCAGGACAGCUUUUUGGCAGUCCACACGCUUUUUCUGGUGUCAACGGAGAUGGGAAGAAGCUGGAUGGAGCUGGCCCGGGACGAGCACGGGCUUCGAGCAAUGCUGCGAGUUGGUUGCCUCCAGGUACGAGGCAGGAGCAGACCUGGAAACCAGAAGAUACCAUUGCACCAAGGGCAGACCCGGCGCCCUGGACAGAUACUACAGUUGCGUGAAGGCAUGCCACGGCGUUUUGUUGGGGCAAAUAACAUAGAUUUAUAUUCCUUGUAAUAGUAUUGAUAUCUAGAAAGUUGCGUUCAAAGUAUAGGCAGCAUAUUUAAGGAGAUUGUCCCGUGUUGGUUCGGUAAAUGGUGAUUACUGACCAGGAGUGGGAUUGGGUGGAUGUAGAACCGUCGGUAAAGAACUAAAACCUCAUGGAGCUUCACAGUUGUGAGAGCUCUGGUUGGCUCCAGUAACGG